AUGUCGACGCGCAAAGAGACCGAAGAAUCUAACGUUGCUACCGCAAACCCAAUUGAGACAAACCCCAGGGGAAUUCCUAAAGCCAAUGUUGAAGAGUACAUUGCAAAUUCAUCCUCGUCAGUUGAGACCACACUGGGAAAGUUUCAGGAAACCAUUGCCAAAUAUAAGUUCAUGGAAAUCAAUUUCUUGAAUCGUAAGAAAGGGCUCGAAAUGAAAAUACCCGAGAUCAGAAAAACCUUAACUGCUGUGGAGUUCUUGGUGUCAAAACAAGACACCGAUGAACCGAUAGAAACCACCUUUGAAUUAAAUGAUACGAUGUGGGCCGCUGCUAAGAUCAAAUCGACAAAGACCAUUUAUUUAUGGCUUGGGGCCAAUGUAAUGCUCGAGUAUACACUGCAAGAAGCAAAUGAACUCCUAGAGAACAAGCUAUCUACUGCUCAAAACACGUUAAAUAAUGUGUUGGAGGAUUUGGAAUUUCUCAGGGAACAAAUUACCACUAUGGAAGUUAGUAUCCUUCUGAAAAUCGCCAAAGAACGAUGUCAGGUUCAUUAA